AUUUUAUCAUGCAGUGGGUAGUAAAGCAAAGAGAUUGAGGAUAGAAUUUGGCAAAGCAUGUUUAAUCACAUCAUUUGAAAUUCCAAGAAGCUUGUGAAAGAUUUCAACUUCCAACUGCCAUUAGAGUGAGAGUGGUGAUGAUGGGUUUGCAAAUGCUCCAAGUGGCGCCACUGGCACCACCCACUUCCUCCUCCUCCUCCUCAUCUUCUUCUUCUUCUUCUUGGGUCCAAACUCUCCCACUCUGGUUCGGUCAACACCGCUGCCACCAUUCUCGGCCUCACCUCGCUCUACAGCACCGGCACUCGUAUAAAAGAGCUACACUUUUACUCGUUGCCAAGAAAGAUAGGAAAUUGCAAGCUUCGUCAUCUUCUUCUUCAACUACCCAACAAGACCAGGAUGAUGAUGAAGAGGAAGAGGAAGAAGAAAAUGACGAAGAUGAAUCCGACCCCGACCCUGAAGACCUCGAAUACGUUAGCCAAAUCAAAAGGGUGUUGGAGCUUCUCCGCAAAAACAGAGACAUGAUUUUCAGUGAGGUUAAGCUCACUGUCAUGAUUGAGGACCUACGGGAAGUUGAGCGCAGGAGACUCCUUGGCAUCGAAGAUCCUGAUGCCCCUACCAGGGAGGAAUUGGCUGAGGUUCUUGAAGAAGUGAAUGAAGGAAAAAUCCCAAGAAAUCGACUUGCUCUUAAACUGCUGGCUGAGGAAAUGAAUCAAUGGCCUAAUCUCGAGGUUCAGAUUAAACCAGCGAAGAAAAAGCCUGGCAAGUCCCUAUACGCGAGAGUGACAGACACUGGUAUUGAUCUUCAAGAGGCUGCUAAGAGACUGAAUAUUGAUUGGGAUACAGCUGCCGAGAUUGAUGAUGCUGAACUCAGUGAUGAAUCAGAAGUGCCUCCAGUUUUGGGCUAUGGAGCACUGUACUUAGUCACGGCUUUCCCAGUCAUUAUUGGUGUAUCAGUGGUAUUAAUUUUAUUUUAUAAUUCACUACAGUAGAAUUCUUGUCUCACUGUCAUAUUUCAAUGUAUAAAUAUCUAUGCCUUGCAAUAUAAUUUUCUGAUCCUAACAUGAGUUUGUACAUCGUAAUGAGAAUGGCUAAUGAUAAAUCUCAUGUUUUUGUGUA